UGAGAAACCACAAAACGAAGCUAAAAUUCUUCAGACCCACAAUCAACUACCCCGAACACAUCCUGCAAAAAGACCAGAGGAAGAAGAGCCAUGGAUUACUACAGAAAGCACGCAGCUGUCAUUCUGGCCACAUUGUUUGUGUUUCUGCACAUUCUCCAUUCCUUUCCUGAUGGAGAGUUUACAAUGCAGGUUUGCCCAGAAUGCAAGCUAAAGGAAAACAAAUACUUCUCCAAGCUGGGUGCCCCAAUUUACCAAUGCAUGGGCUGCUGCUUCUCCAGAGCGUACCCCACUCCAGCAAGGUCCAAGAAGACGAUGUUGGUCCCUAAGAACAUCACCUCAGAAGCCACAUGCUGUGUGGCCAAAGCAUUUACCAAGGCCACAGUAAUGGGGAAUGUCAAAGUGGAGAACCACACGGAGUGCCACUGCAGUACUUGUUAUUAUCACAAAUCUUAAAUAUUUUGCAAAGUGCUGUGUUGAUGACUGCUGAUUUCCUGGAAUGGAAAAUUAAUUUGUUCAGUGUUUCUGGCCUUGUGAGAUAACACUCUCCUUUUCCUUACCACGCCGCUUUUGACAUGCUUCUAGGAUAUACUGCAGCUUUAUUGCUUUUCUCUAUCCUACGGAAUAAUCAGGAGUUAGUUCUUUUCAUUUGGAAUGAAAUACAGCAUUUAGCAUGACUAUAAAAAGCUGGUUCUGCUGGAAAUAAAGUCUUUUAAAUCAUCAUUCUA